AUGCGCACCCUCCUCCUCCUCCCGCCGCUAUGUCUCCUCCCCUCACUCACGGCCGCAUCCGACAAACGCGGCCUCGUCCAAGUCGACACCAAGAAUCCCAACGACGAGGCGGUAUUCCUAUCGGACCCGACAACGAUAAGCUGGUACUACAACUACCGCUCCGCGCCGUCCGCAUCACUCUCCAACCUCGAGUUCGUGCCCAUGCUCUGGGGCGAGCCAGCCGCGAACUACGAUUUCGCCACGGAAGUCCGCGGGCUGCUGCGCGAUGACAAGAACAACAUAAAGUACGUGCUCGGCUUCAACGAGCCCGAUAUGGGCCGCGAUGUUGGCGGGAGCAACAUGUCCCCCGCGCGGGCGGUGGAGAUCUGGAAGGAAAUGAUUGAGCCGUUGAAGGAUCAGGGCUUGAAGCUGGGCGCGCCGGGGGUCGCGAGUACCCAGGACGGGAAGAGGUGGAUCAAGGCGUUUAUGGAGGCGUGUGACGGCUGCACUGUCGACUUCGUGCCUGUUCAUUGGUACGGCAACUUCGAGGGCCUGGCGAGCCAUAUCGGCGAGGUGCGCGCCAUGUUCCCCGAUAAGGACUUGUGGGUUACCGAGUUUGGGUAUGCGCACCAGUCGCUGAGCGACACCUACUCCUUCUUCAACACGAGUCUCGAGUACCUCGACCGACUGGCCUACGUCCAGCGCUACUCAUGGUUCGGCUCGUUCCGCAGCUCCGUCAGCAACGUUGGCCCCAAUGGUGCCAUGCUCGACAGCGACGGGGAUCUGACGGAUCUCGGCGCGUGGUAUCUGGGCAGGAAAUCUCCUGGUAACACUCCCGCGAGCGCGGCGGUGCACGCCCGGAUUGCGUGGGCACCGCUGGGCAUCGCGCUCGGUGUGGUCGCGGUGACAGGCUGUUUGUAG